GUUUGCUCAUGUGGUAAUACCCUGACUUCCUUUUUGGCUUUGGGGAAAUUGUUCCCUACGCUGCGGUACUCUAAUCACUCCGGAGGACCUCAUGACGAUGGACAUGGACUUCACAGACGACUUUGACGCCCUAGAUUCGCUGAACAACCUCGAACAAACGUACUAUCAACAAGGUUACAAAGAUGGAUUCGAACACGGUCGACUACACGGCCUAUUUGAAGGUCGAGCGAUCGGCCAGGAAAAGGCUUUCGAGAUCUGGGAAGAGGUCGGAUAUAUAGAAGGGAUCGCCUUGUUCUGGCGGGCCGUCGCGGAGAAACAGACAUCGAGUCAAGCGGAGGGUGGGAAGAAAGUCAGCCCACGAGCCCAGAACCAUAUUCAGACGCUACUCAACCUCAUCUCGACCUUUCCUACCGACAACCCCACCCCGGUACCCGACAACUCAUCCGUGCAGCCGGACGCCACCAUGAACGCUGGAACGGAAUCCCUCAAGCCCCAGGACGAGCCCGAUCUCGCCGUACUCCUCGAACGUAUCAGAGCUCGGUACAAGCUCCUCUGCUCCUCGCUCGGUGUCCGACCACGUUUAGCGGUAGCCAGCCGACCAGAAGAUACUGGGCCGGAUUUGCUCCCAAGAGAGACUUCGGGUGUGGAAGUGGGCAUCGUAAUGGGUGCGGAAGGGAGCGGGGUGGCCAAGGGCAUGAUCGACGGGGUGGACACUCGGAUGUUACGAUUUUGAGGAGGGCAUGUUGUCACCACUCGUUGAAUGGGCAGGGCCCGGGUGUCCUGGCGCCUGCCAUCUCGUCUGUUACGGAACCCAGGAUCUGGAAAGACUUCCGCAGUGCCCGGGCCUUUGUCAACGCGAGGAUCGCCCUGCACAGUACAAGAGGCAACUGCUCCUCCUCGCAUCGCCAACUCCGUUGUUGUAUGAUGGAGUUUUGAUCAAGACGGUCCCAGCAGCCGAAUCCCGACACGCUUCAGAAAGGUUGCGAGGAAGCGUAUAAGAGUUCCUUCGGCUUCCAGCCCUCGAGCUCUAAUACUUGAGCAGACGUGCUUGAAAAUCAACAUUGCGUCAGUGAAUAUGUAGAUAUAUCAUAAAGUCCCAUACCCAGCAACGAUCGUCAAGAAGCAGGGCUCAAGUUCGGG